UGGGAGCCGUGACCAUCCCCUUCAUGCUAAGAAAUGUGAUGGCCAUGCUGUAGACCGAACCUCAAGUAGCCAAACGGUGCGCCGUCUUCGACUUGGUUGCAUCAUUUUGCCAUUCCAUGGAACAGCCACAGGCUGCAUCACCGCAUGCUGAGUGCCUCUGGAGGAAAAGCUACCUGGUGUUCUUGUGGGGAUGAGCUGCCUUGUCAAGAUGAGCUACCAAUAGACUGUUAACGUAGCCUGAACCCAAGCCAAGUUACAAUGGCUUGGUAGCUCAGCUCGACAGGUAGCUGACAUUGCCACGACGCAGGCUCUGACACAGGUCGCCGCAGACUACUGCCGUCACGGUCCGCCAUGGUCCUCCCGGACAAGACAGCCAGGGCGUCUGGCUCCAAGAAGGCCUCCAGCCGGAAACGUAAGCUCCGUCCCCAGGGUCUGCCCUCCCCUGCCCUCUGCUGCGCCUGCGGCCUGUGCAUCAUGCUGGCUGGCAUCAACAUCACCCUGGUAGGGGCCUUCGCCUUCGGCAAGUUCGUGCCCGCCGAGAACCCGCCCAUCAUCAUCGGGCCCCUGCUGCUGGUGGUGGCUCUGUCGUUCUUCGCGGCGUGCUGUGUGUGCAGCCGCAGGCCCCCGGCACACGCGUCCCGCGGCAAAUCGGGCGGUGGCGGGGGCGGUGGCGGCGGAGACAGCUGGGGCCUGAUGCGCAUGGGCACGGCCGCCUUCGAGAUGGAGACCAGCGAGCACACGCUGCAGGACACCACCGCCGUCCAGCUCAGCCCCACCAACUCCUUCAGCUCCUCCCACAAGUCCACGAGCCCCGCCCACGAGCUGCCCACCGGUACCGACGACCUGACCCGCCAGCUGGUGCCCUCAGAGCCAGAGCUGAUUGGUUCGCCAACGGAAUCGGAUGGCAUGAAUGGUGGAGACAACUGCCACUCAACCUUGGUGCCACUGUGUCAGGAUCAUCAUGCUGAGGAUGAGCACGGCUCCUCAGAUACAUAGCCUGGUCCCAAUGCACCUGAUCACACCUGUCUUCUAUUAAGCUGUCCUUCUAUUAAGCUGUCUAACUUAAACUGAGAGCCUUCUGCUAAGUCCCUGUAGUGGGCCUUUGGACAUCGUGAUGGUUAGGAGCAGUAGUAGUUUGGAGAGGUGUGAGGGAGUACACAUACGUAGAAGUGUAAAAUAAAGAAGGGAAAAAUGGCAUGGAAUUAACUAUCAGUUGUGAUUCAGUCUUUCAGUGUGGAAAUGGCCAGGGUGAAAUGGAAAGAAACAGAAGUUGCUUGAAAGCAAAACAACUGAGAGACAGUGUGUUGACGUGACGGUGUUGCUUGAAUUACCUUCAGACUCUUUCAGAUCUGCCUUAACGUGCCCAUUUUCAUCUUUUGUGCUGCUGCUGAUGCUGCUACUGGAACCAAGUCACUGGAGAGAGCGGUGACAUUUUCUUGUGUGGGAGUCAUUGGCUCCCCAUGUCAACCUGACCCCAAUGUGGAGGAGAGAGAGAACAACACAGCUCGGGAGAAAAUAACCCCUCAGAAAUGAUAUCUUAUGGACUUUUUAGGCUGUGAUUGAAUCUAACACACAC